CUCAAUCUUGUUCGACGGCUUAUCUAUGAGGUCAUCGAUUUGGGGCAAUCAGGUAUCUGUCUAAUCUUGAUAAGUAUGAAAAUCCACUACCACGACUUGAAAUCAGUGAUCCCAUUGUAAGUACAGAUUCGUUGAGCAAUUACAGUUUUUUGCGACACAUAACGUGCGGCUUACGUCACGCUGGAGCUUGUAGAACCACCCUUCAUUGUGCCAUGCCUCCAACAAUGGCUGACAUACCUUUCAGCACAGAAGACUGUCCCCGCUGUGAAGGACACCAACUGUAACAGGUUCAGCCAUUCUUCGAGGCUUCCGUUUGUUUAUUCUUUCCCUGUACUCCUCUUAACCAUGCAGAGUCUGAUGUCACUCUAAGCAGGACACUAUGAAGGUGUGGUCCAUGUUGCUCGUCUGGUCCAUCUUUAUGACUGUCCCACACAAAGCUGAAGGUACAUCCUGUGGCGGGAUCCUCACGCAGCCGACAGGGAGCUUCAGUACCCCCAACUACCCUGAUGAGUACGACAACAACCUCCGCUGUAACUGGACUAUCCAGACCAACUCGUCCGUAACUCUCACCUUCCUGGACUUCGAUGUCUACUCCGACCACGACGUCCACCACGACUGCAGCGGAGACUUUGUUGAUGUGUUUGGGGGCAAUGUGGAUGGUACACGCAUAGGUCGGUACUGUGGUGACAUCACCAUGAGAGACCACUACCCUGUAGGAAAAGUCGUGUCCAAAGAGAACACAACAACAGUCGUGUUUACUAGUGACGGGUGGUCGGCGGGACGGGGCUUCAGAGCGUCAUACGCCACCUUCGACCCCAACUUACAACAGGACGAAAACAUGACCUGUGUCCGCGCACUGACUGGUGAAUCCGGGAACUUCAGCACACCAAACUACCCGGACAACUACGGAAACAUGGCCGCCUGUACCUGGACAAUUACAGUCAGCAUCAAUCGAUCUGUAUCCGUGACGUUUGACUUCUUUAACCUUGAAGAAGAACCAGACUGUAGCUUUGACGCAGUCGAAGUCUACCAGGGCACUCCUGAAGCUGGACGUAAACUUGGUACGUUUUGCGGUAACUCCACGGCCGAUGACAAGUAUCCCAAGGGUCAGAUCAGGUCCAACCUUCACGUGAUGACCGUGGCCUUCAGCAGUGACCUGUCCAUGAGCCGACCAGGCUUCCAUGUCACUUACGUCAGCGAUGAGAGAACAUCCGUGACCUGUGCUGAGGAUGAGUACAGAUGCACCGAUGGUUCUGACUGUCUGCCCCUGUCAUGGAGGUGCGACGGCACUAAAGACUGUUGGGACGGGACAGAUGAGAACAAUUGCGACAAAUUCUCAGCUUGUGGGCUUACGUUUACGAAGGACAGUGGCCGCUUCAUGACACCCUCCUUCCCUAAGAAGUACAGUAACAGUCUGCAGUGUAACUGGUCUAUCGUAGUGGAGCCCUCCAAGUCUAUAGUCCUCACCUUCCAGGACUUUGAUGUGGAGUACGAGAGGGACUGUGGGUAUGAUUUCGUCGAGGUGUACGAUGGGACUCCGCAGCGAGGUCGACUCAAAGGACGCUACUGUGGGGACGCUGAACGCGACCGUCGGCACUACCCCGUCACUCCCAUUGAAUCCAAACUACACGUGAUGACGCUGGUGUUCGACAGCGACACGUGGAUCAGGGCACGGGGUUUCCUGGCAACAUAUACCAGCCAUUACAAAUAUGUCCGGUGUAAGGGCUGGGAGUUCCGCUGCACAGACGAACCACAGUGCGUGUCCCUGACCACACGCUGUAACGGACUCGAGGACUGUAGCGACGGUAGUGAUGAGGUCAACUGUGAGUGUCGGGAGAUACCUGACAGACUGGGCUUCUGCAAGGGGGUGAUAUCAUACGACAGAAUGGUUUUGCCCAACCUGGUCGGGCACACCACCGUGACAGACAUCACGGAGUCGGAGGAGUUCGGAGCGCUCAGGGUACUGCGGCGGAACCCGGACGCUGUCUGCCAUCCACAGGCGCUGGAGUACGGCUGUAACUUACUGGCACCGAAAUGUGAAGACGGCAGAAUGGUGCCGCCAUGCUGGUCCUGGUCUACCGAGGUGCGGAGCGCCAGGAACCAGGUAGUCUGUACCCAGCGGGACCUGUCGGCCGCCAUGCUGCUCUUCAAACAAAUCAUCGUCGAUCUACCUGUGGAGAACUGCUACUCCCCACAACAGAAAGAAGAUUGUUACCAUGGAUCAGGAGUGAACUACAGAGGGACCUGGCACACCUCCGAGACUGGCAAGACGUGUCUAGACUGGCAUGACUCAUAUAGACAGGUAAGGUUACCCGCUCAUACUAUGGUCACAUUUUCAAACCGGCAGGCCGGCCGGUCAUACAGUUUGCGGGAACUAAGAACCAGAAAGCCGUGGUGCUUCGUUUCCAACAGAACUGGAAAUCUGGAGAGGCAGUCUUGUGAUGUGCCUUCUUGUGAAAGUGAUUCACAAACACAAACGUGCGGAUACCUGCUGUCUAACGGCACCGGCCAGUUCCACAGCCCCGACUUCCCUCAACCUUACUACGACAAUCUAUUCUGCAGGUGGGAGAUCAAGGUUGCACCCACCCACAGGAUUGAGCUGAGGUUUGAGCAGUUUGAUGUCCAGGGAGGCCCCUUCUGUCCGUUUGACAGAGUUAUUGUCUUAGAUGGCGAUUGGCCAGACGGGAACUUCACAGAAAUAGGUACGUAUUGCGGACAGGGAGUGCCUGAUGUCAUCAUAAGUGACAGUUACCGCCUCACCGUGACGUUCCAGACGUCUCGCAACCUUUAUCAGGACGACAACUGGCAAGGAUUCAACGCCACAUACACCACAUGGGCAAGAGAUCCUGUAGCUUGUGACGUCGGGUUCCUCUGCGCCGAUGGCGGGAAGUGCAUCCCGAUGGACCAGGUGUGCGACGGGAACGUCAGGUGCUGGGAUAGGAGCGACACGCGCAACUGCGAAUGCCAGGGUAUACCCGAUGAACUGGCAGACAUGUGUCCACCAGAAGGUGUGAGUGGGUGGGCAACAACCUUCCCAAGCCUACUACAUCACCGAGACAGCGCGGAGCUGUUGGAGUGGGAGGAUCUUCCACUGCUGAAGGACCUGUCUGAUAGCGCUUGCCAUUCACAGAUUGCAGAGUACAUGUGCCAUAACCUCGUGCCACGAUGUUCCUCGGCGCGACGUGUGCCUCCGUGCAGGUCAUGGUGCGAGGAAGUCAAGCAAAGCUGCUCAUCAGAGAAGUCCUGGAGCUUACUGCCGUCCUGCACGUCCCUCCCGUGGCAGAACUGUGCACAGGGGCAGUCCAAAGAAGACUGUUAUCGCGGCAAUGGUGCGAACUAUGUCGGCACCACCAGCAGGACCAUGAACAGCCGGCCGUGUCUGGACUGGGUCACCAGACCGCACCAGAUACAGACGUACCCCUGGGCAAACCUGCAGCAGAACUACUGCCGUAACCCGGACGGAGCGGAACGCCCCUGGUGCGGUGUGGACGUGAACGGGACGUGGGAGUACUGCGAUACACGGCCCUGUAAUGGACAGGUGUGUGAGAACCGGGGCGUACCCCGCGGUGUGCUGCUGCACCCUUUCCGCCGGCGGUACUGGCCGGGCGAGCAGGUGACGUACUCCUGUGAGACCGGGUAUUCCCUCCAGGGAGCCACCAUGGCAAAAUGUACUGCUGACGCUACAUGGAACAACCCUUUACCAACGUGUCAAGUGGACCGCCGUUCGCAGCUCCUGAUUGACAAGUUUGAGAAGAGUCCGUACAGUAAGGAGCUUCCUCCAGGGAAACAUGCGGUAAACGUCACAGUAGCCGGCAGGGUGAAGGAUAUCAUCGACUUGGAUGAGGCCUCACAUACCAUCACUACCGACGUCGUCUUCCAACUGCGCUGGAUCGAUGGCCGUCUGGCCUGGCUGCCCUCCCUGUACGAUGAGGUGGAGAUUGUGACCGUGGACCACGGCAGGCUGUGGACACCGCAUCUGAAGCUGCUCAGAGGUGCCGACAGAGCAUCGGGUCUCUUCCCAGAGAUCGACUUAAGGGUGUCCUAUCAGGGGGAGGUGACGUGGAUGAUCGAGACCUUAGUGGUGACCACGUGUGACCUAGACCACUUCAAAUUUCCGUUUGACAACAUGUCCUGUCCAAUAUGCAUCAGCGCCAACCACGUCUCUACCUUCCGCUGUUCUGAUGGGAACUCCACAUCGCUAGACGUCCUGCAGUGCGGCAGACCCUUCAGAAUGGAUCGCGGAGAGUGGAGAGUAAGGAUUGACCUCGGAGUCAGCCCUGGAGAGGCUUGCCUUAACAUGGAUCUCCAAAGAAACCCGACCUACCACAUGUGCACGACAGUGUCGCCUGUCAUAGUUCUGGCGCUGAUCAUGUGUGUGACGUUCCUCAUCCCCAUCGGUAAGGGGGAUCGGCUUCAAUACGGCAUGAAGAUCCUACUCGCCAUGUUUGUGUCCUUGGUCGUCGUGAACGAAAUCCUCCCGAAGUCUGCCCAAUUCCCUUUCAUUGGCAUUCUAACCCUUGUUGCUGUUGUGCUGAUGGGCCUGUCCAUGUGGAUCACUGUGAUUGUCGUUGUUCUACACGGGAAGGAAGGCCGGCUCCCUCCAAUCGUGCGGACAAUCUUUCUCCGGUACUGCGCUCGUGCCGUGUUACUGGGGGAUCUAACUAAACGGUGCAGCACAUCUUCAGACCAGAUCUCCAUGGUAGAGUACACUCGCAUUACUGACAAGAAACCGUCCUGGGUUGGAAACGACGAGACUUCCCCCGAGACAACACGUCAUGAGAGACGAGAUGAGUCUGAAACUUCUCCUGAAAUAAGAGAAAUUCACAACCUUAUGGUAGAUAACAAACGAAGCCUAGAUGCUCUAAAGGACUUCCUGAAGGAUGUGAGUGAGGUGGAAGAAGUUCCCGCUGGUCCCAGUGAAUAUGUCCUACUGACGCACGUCUUGGACAGGAUGAGCUUAGUCGUGUACUUGGGAGGACUAAUUCUGGCCGUUCCUUUUGCUUUACAUCUCGGUAAACCGUCUUAAACUUGAGAGUUGUUAAGAUGUAGUAGCGAACGCCAUGGACAUUUCUAAUUGAUGGCAAAAGCCGCAUAUUUACCACCUGUUUUCCACUAGGCCAGGAAAGUUGUGCUCAUGUUAAGAUCAUGAAACAGCAUUCUUUUUUAAAACCGCUGGAUUUGACAGCAAUAUGGGUCUAGCGCGGAUUUAAAUGAUACUGGUUGAUUGUAGUGCAAGAGCUAAACGUUUAGUUUUAGCACAGCAGCACAGAAACGUUACAUGCGCCAUUGGCAUGAUGUCAGCACGAGGUUACCCUAGGGCAUUGUCUAACUAUAGGCGACAUUUUGGGGCCCCAAAUCAAUGUUCGUUUUUAGAGAAGCUUGAAAUCUGGAAUGCAUAUCUCCAUUUUAUUGUUGCAACUUGCUGUCAUGCUGUCGUGUUAAAGCCCCCUUUACAAAUCAAGAAUUUAGCUCGGCCGAGUUGUCAGCGAGCUCUAAAUUACGAGGAGGUAUGACCUUGAUACCGACGAAGAAACUCUGCCUAAAUUCUUGAUUUGUAAACGGGGCUUAAGAACGAAAAAAAGUGCAUACUACAAGUAUUGACUACUAGUAUCUAUGCCUGCCAUGUACAUGCCCAGAUUAUUUCCAAAUGGUUUUAUUCCCAACCUUACAAUGUACUUUGCCAGUUUCAUCGUGCUCCAGCACAAUCAAAUAUUCGCCCUUACACCUAUCCUAGCCUAUCUCAAAUCGCACUCCUAGCGGCCGGCCCUAUAGUAUUGCCGCCGCCCUCGGGGAGGGGGUCAUUAACCCCAGCCAGCGAGAGAUUGUGUAAACACAGGCUACACCUAUCCAAGCCUUUGGCUAUGGUACUUGUAUACUGAUGGACGGAUCAUGAACUAUGCUCCAGGGUUACACCAAUCAUAACUUCUCAGUAACUCUGUCCAUUCAUCCAAGUAAAAAUAAUGUUCGAGUACAGUAGGAUGGGUUCAAAAACUUUAUUUUCACUAAAUAAGUCACAUUUGUGGCAAAGAACUUAAAAUCAUAGCCCUCAAAAGGGUACCAAUUCUUUGACACAGACGUUGUACUAAGGCACUCUGGGAGGGGUGCAAAAAUAAAAGUAUUCAAGACAAGAGUGCAUUUACCAAAGUGCCAUUCUGACAAGGAACUGUAAAAUAAUUCAUACUGGAAACUAUUAACCAGCUAGAAAGGAACACUUGCUGUGUAUAUGAUGUCUGAUGUACAUUCAAAAUGCUUUCUUUGUUGGCAACUGUCUUGUUGGUCAAUCAGAAUGGCAACAGUGGUCUAGCUAUGCAGCAGUUGUCUUUGCGCUACAUUUGUAAGUCUAACAAAAUACAAGUGACUUGAUACUGUCUUUGGCACGGUCAUGAUUCACAUUUAAGUACCUUUGCCGCAGGAGCAAGUGGUUGUUUUGCUUUAUCAAGAAAAAAAAGUGACAUGAAUUUGUCUGUAAGGUAUGCAAUUUAAGUGCUAGUUGGUUGAUGUAUGAAGAGAAGGGUGUUACCAAAUCACAGUAUAUCAUGUAUAUGACUAAAUAAGCAUGCACUAAAAAAACAACACAAAGGGCAACUAAAAAUCCAUGGUACCAAGAUUCCCACAAGGCACAUUGAGAAAACUUCAGUGCAUGGACAGCUAAAAGUAGGAGAUAAUCUACU